GUUUUCAGCCCGCCUGUUGAAGAGCCACUUCUUUAAUCAACGGUUUACCCUCCACAACCUCUCAUAUCUGGAAUACGAUUAAAGCGAUUAAAAUUACUACUCUCAUACAAUAGAGAACAAUUGCUGUGACAAAGAGCUAUCAAUUUUAUUUCUGUUGCUCGCUCCAUAGGAUUGAUUAAGUUUUCCUUAAUGGGAAUUGGAUAAAUUCUCAAAUUUUCCAAUAAAAUUUGUUAUUAAUAUUUAAUUAUCCAUUUUUCAUUUUGACAACAUUUUAAUUUUUUUAAUUGAUAGUUCUGGUAUUAGUUUUGAAAGUGAAUUAUUUUUGAGAAGCAAAGUUUGAAGCGCAAAUAAUUUUUUUUUAAUUUUUUUAAUCGACUAUCAUCGUGGUUCUGCUGGACGUUGAGACUGAAUUGCUUUAAAAAGAGAAAAAGAUCUCCGGCUCUUCGAACUUACCCUAUCAAAUGAAUCACCUCUUGCUGUUAUGCAGUGCGAUAGUACUGGUUCCACUCUUUUACGAAGUGCACAGUCGAGCUCGAUCCCCCUUUUACCAAGGGGGAUGUCCCCUCAUUUACAUGAGGUAUAGCUAUCAGCAUACUGCUUGCCGACCACCGAAUCCAAGAUGCACCAUCUACUCACGGGGCAUCAGCCAACCGGAAAAGGAUUACAUCGUUUGGAAGCACAAUUACCUCAGGAGUAUAGUAGCACAGGGUUAUGAAAGAACAAAUAACCAACCUCCAGCAGCAAACAUGAUGCAGAUGGUCUGGGAUGAAGAAUUGGCUUCAGUAGCUCAAAAACAUGCAGAUCAAUGUAUUUUCGCCCACGACUGUCCCGAAUGCAGAUCUGUCGAAUCCUUUUCUGUUGGUCAAAAUAUUGCAACUCGAGCUAAAACCGGCAAUACCCUUCCUGUACCCGACUGGGAAUCUACCAUACAAAGUCUUUAUGAUGAGGUGAAGGACUUCUACCCAAAAUGGAUCAGUCCGUUUAGAGCUCCCAAAUAUCCGAUGACAGGACAUUACACACAGGCACUUUGGGCAACAUCAUGGAAGGUGGGAUGCGGUUAUACUAUACACAGCUAUUCUAAUGAUCCAAGGUUUCAGUACGUAGAGCUGUACACUUGCAAUUAUGGACCUACGGGUAAUUUAUACAUGCAAGAUAUGUACAAAAUAGGCCCAGCUUGUAGUCAGUGUCCUGAAAAUACUUGUUGUGGACGGCAAUGUGAAUUAGCUGGCGUGAGAUCUGACUUUGAUGGACUUUGCAAGACUGUGAACUCUUUUGGACCUCAGCCAGAAUUUCCGCGUGGAAAUGUUUACUUAUGGUGUAACUUUCGCGAAGGUCAUCCCAACUCCGAGUGGUGUGAGUUUGUUAUUGAAGGCGUCCGGAACUGGAAAACAAGGAAAGUAUCUGCAGGAACAUACGCAACUAUUGUACUUGGUGGUGGGCAAUCUUCUAUUUUGCACUUCACUCGAGAAAUGGACUUUUCGAAACAAAUGUGCUUCAAAAUCGAAUACAGAAAGGGACCGCAGAUAGCUGGAGACAGAUCCAACAACAAAUUGAGCUCAGUUUUCCACAGUACUCUAUCAAAUGGCUAUUAUUACCUGAAUAUCACAUCUGACGCUAAAGAUUGGACUACUGUGGAUCUUCCAAUCUCUUGGUGGGGAGGAUCAAGUUUGAUGUAUGUUUCCUUUGCUGUACCUCAUGGAGCCGCCCCUCAAUAUUUGGAUCUUCGACAAAUAGUUCUUAAUGAUGGACAAUGCGGUAAAAAGGCCUUUUAUGGAUGAGCACUACGAAUAAAUUCAAAUAUUACAUCACGUCAUCUGCAGGUGAAAGGAUACAUCAUCAGUCAACGGUUUUCGGAUUUUAUCUUAUUGUAUUUAAUUGAACAAAUAAAGUAUUUAAUUCUUCUUUA